CGCUUGUGGCGGUUGGACAGAAUGCAACUAGGCAGAGCGGCUCGCUCACACCGGGCGCAGUAAGGAGGCGCGAGACAGACGCUUAAACACCGCGUCUGCCUUCGAAUAAGACACGAGACAAGACACACACACGCACACACACACGCAUACACACACGCACACCGGCAGCAGAGUUUGUUGUUUUAAAGAACACAAUGCCAGCCGUGAUGAAAAACUCCGACCUGGAGUUCGACUCCUUCCAGCCGUGUUUCUACCCGGAUGAGGAUGAUUUUUACUUGUGCGGCCCGGGAGAAGACAUCUGGAAAAAAUUCGAGCUGCUGCCCACCCCGCCGCUGUCCCCGAGCCGCGCGGCGCUCGCGAGCACUGAUGCGGGGGUCGAGUGCGCGUCUCCGGGUGGGUUUGGACUCAGCGAUCCGCUGGACUGGGCUUCCGAGCUGCUGCUUCUACCGCCGCAGGACACCGAGGACGAAGCGUGGCGCGCGCCGGAGAGCGACCUGUUCGGCGCGUGUGCACUCGACGACCCGGUCAUCCUGCAGGAUUGCAUGUGGAGUGGCUUCUCGGCGCGCGAGAAACUCGAGCGCGCCGUCAAUGAGAAGCUCGGCCGGACCGUUUCCUCGGUAUCCGCCGCCGCCGCUUCCGCUUCUGGAUCUUCCGGACUUAAAAGCAGCGCUACGAAGGCGCCCGAGACGAACCGGGCUGCGACUGAGUGCGUGGACCCCGCUGUGGUUUUCCCCUUCCCGGUGAACAAAAGGAACGGAGGGCAGAGCGCGAGCCAGACGAGGAGCGCAUCCUUGGCUCACGUGGACAGGCGCGCGGACGACACCCCGAGCGACUCCGACGACAACGAUGACGUGGAUGACGAAGACGAAGAUGACGAGGAAGACGAAGAGGAAGAAGAAGAGGAGGAGAUCGAUGUAGUCACAGUUGAGAAGCGGCGAUCCACUGCUAGCAAGAACUUCAACUCUCAGGCCUCAUCAUCAGCGAACCGGCUAAAUCCAGGCGCGAGCCGGGCCCCCCAGGAGCUCAUCUUAAAAAGGACAGCGGCUGCCUCCAUCCACCAGCAGCAGCACAACUACGCGGCGCCUUCGCCGUACUCUGACGACUCGGACCUUCCCUCUGCUCCCCCAAGCAAAAAACACAGAUCCGAUAGCAGCGGUAGCUCCAGCACAAACUCCCAGCGUAGUGCUAAAACAAACACGUGCUUGCCGAUCUCGCUGAACGGGACACAGCGGCUCAGGAAAAGCGGCUCAGGCUCUGACUCAGAGGACAACGAGCGCCGCCGCAACCACAACAUCCUGGAGCGGCAACGACGCAACGACCUGCGCUCCAGCUUCCUGACACUGCGCGAUCAGCUGCCCGAGCUAGCUAAAAACGACAAGGCAGCCAAGGUGCUGAUCCUGAAGAAGGCUGCAGAGUAUGUGGGUUCACUCGAGGCCCAGGAGCUUCGGCUUCGUCAGGAAAAGGACAAGCUCCAGGCAAGACGGCAGCAGCUCCUCCGCCGCCUGGAGCAAGCCAGGACUCGCUAGCCUGCUACAUGCUAACCUUUAGCACUCACGGCUGUAGGCUAAUUGGCUGCACAGCCCCCCCAAAAAAAACGAACUUACGGACACUCACUGCCGCCACUUUCUUUGCACAUUUUUUGGACGUCUAGAAUGUUUCAGGUUUACUUUUGUCAUUCCAGUCACAUCAAGGAAAAGUACAAGGAUGGUCCCUUUCUCCAUCCUAAUUUCUUAUUGUUUGUCUUUUUAAUGGGUUUUCUGUGUCAGAAUUGACCGACAAACCCCCUUCCUCCCUCAGACUUUCGUAGAACUGCCAUUCAGGAAUGUGGAAGUUGACGAGGAGCACGCAAUACAACACACACCCACUUUGCCUUCACUUUGCAAAUGACACGAAAAAGCAAAUUAACUUUAAAAAAAAAAAAAAAAAAGAUCGGACAUGAUUCAGGAGUCGGUUCACUGGGACUCGACUCUCUCACACCUCUCUUUCUGGUGCUUUUUACUCCAGAUAUACCUCUGAGCACCUUGAUGUCAGUUAAGCAAAACACUAUCAGUCUGCCUUGUUUUUUUGUACACGGAACUGUCUUUGGGUUUUUCUAAGAAAAUAACUAGACUGGAAGUUUAUAUACCUUUAUUAAGUACUGUAUGACCUCGAUUUACGAGGAACUUUGUAAUAUAAUGUUGUUUUUUUCAGUUUCAUAUUACCGUUCUUUGUUCAUCACACAAUACUUACUAAUUUGUACACCUACGAUUUAGUGUGCUUCUGAUACAUACUAAAAAUUGAUACUUAUAUUUUCGUAUGAAAAUGAGUUGAGUAGAUAUCACUAUCUUGUUUUAUCUCUUUGCUCUUUACGUUCAUUCUUUUUUUUGUACAGAAAUCUCUCUAUCUACAUUUACCUUGCUCCCUUUUUUUCCUCCCUUGUUUGUUUAUAUAUUUGUACCUAUCGGGUUCAUAGAACUGGGUCUAUGGGAAUGUUUUUUUUUUCGCUAUCUCUUUUUCUAAGCAUACAUUUUAGUGCUGCAACUCAUAGCACUUUGAAAUACCUCAUUUUGAAAAAUAAAUAGGCUUUGAAAACA